AUGCCCCUGAAGAAUGUGGUGAAACGAGGCCUUUCACGCAAAGGGUGUCUUAGCUGUAAGAAGCUUAAGAUCAAGUGUGAUGAGGCCCGACCUAUAUGUGAAUAUUGCAGCCAUACGGGCAGACGAUGUCUUUACCCAGACGUGUUUGAGGCUUUCAAGGAGGGCCAGGGACCAGUUGCUGAAGAGGUUCGGGAGAUCUACUCGCUGCCUGAAAGUAUGGCAUCUGCUGAGUCGACGCCGUUUGAAGACGACGCGUUCUCUGAUUCAAGGCAAUUCACCUUUCAAGUGCUUUUGGGCUCCGCCGCCAGUCAUCUACAGAUUCUGCGGUUUGAAUUGAGAGUGCUACGAUUCUUUAACGAUAUUUGUCUACCGCAUUUCACGUAUAAUGUGAAUAAGCGUCAGGUCAGAGUGUGGCUGGAUGUGGUUCCUCUGUACUUCAUUGACUGCCCCCUGAUAAAGCUGGCUAUUUUGGCCACGGGAUGUCUAAGCAUGAUGCCUUUUUUGGGUGUCCAGAAAGUUAUAGACGAUAAUAUGUCUGAGGAGGCGUUGCUGCAGAGACUAGAAGAGACUUGUGGGCUGUAUGAGAUCCAACAGAUGUUUGCAGACGAUUAUUUAUUUGAUGAGGAUUCCAAAGAUAUCAAUUUAUUCACCAAAGCUUCUACGCUACUAUCUGAAUCUAUUAAUGCCACUAAUACAUCCAUGGCCCUGCUUCAGUCUCCAGAUCUCACUUCCCAGGAAAAGCUUCCCCAUUUGGUCAGUGCCACGAUAGGCAACUCGCUCCUUUUUGGCUUUUUGGGCCUUCAGCCCUGGAAAUUGGCCCCUCUUGUACAUUUCCCAGAGGAGAAUGAGGCACCGAAAACAGACUUGCUCAACGUUGCAGUGGGUUUGAGGAUGGUGGUGGUACAGAACCUACCUUCACUAUUAUCCUCCGACAUUGCUGAAUUGUACCAUAAUGAUGAACUUAUGCUCAUACCCAGAAGAAAAAUCAAAAUCGUGGAGGACUUGAAGGCACAGCUUGACGAUUACCUACAAGGAGCAGGGUUCGGUUUCUUUGACAUCGACCUGGAUACCAGCAGAAUGAUCAAUGUGUUCCGUGACUCGUUGGUUAGUCUAGAGAAAGUCUGUGCAUUAGCUGUCAAAUUCAACUACCCGGUGAUGUUGUUCAGAUGGCUUCUAAUCAUCGACACAGACUUUGUCACAUACGUAAGGUCCAAGAACCGUUAUGCGCUUCGGCUCUUAUACGUCUAUGCGUGUCUCUGUGUCCAUUAUAAAUUCUGGCUCUUUGAAAGCAGUGUCUGGCGUGACCACGUUAUGUGGUACAGAUCUAAGUACGGGCCGUUGUGUGAGUUUGACGAGAGACUCUACCAUUAUGUGGUGACCAGGAGGAAGUACGUUUUAAACGACAACUACCGAUCGAUCAAAGAUUUUGACGUCUGGUCGUCUGAAUUUGACUACUAA